AUGCCUGGCUCAGCCACACCCCCUCUUUGCCUCUUCCCCUCUUUGCCUCUCUCCCUCCUUUCCCCAAGCGACACAACAAUUCCGGCGCGAGGCUUCCUCGGCAGCCAGCCAGAACUCUCGACUUACAAACGCAGAUAUGGGAUCCUGAGGGACAUUUCUGAACCGCGGCUGCAACGAUCAUCUUUUGCUGUCAGGACGCUCCGGCUCGCAAAUGGUGCUCGUUACCUCGACAUGGCACUUUGGGAGGGGUUGAAGCUCCUCGACGAAGGGGUAGACUUGAUUGAGGAAGUAUGGGACCGAUCCGGGCAUGGUACAGCGUGGCAAUCUGUGGUGCUCAAUAGCCUAGAGUUUCAAAGCACCUGUGGUUCUGCCAAGCGAGCGAUACUGGAUCUGGAGAGAAAAGUCUAUGAUGACGUUCUCAGUGAACUCCAGCGCGGCAUGGUUGAUUCUACGAAAGAGAUCUACUACGCACAACUCAUAGACCGGGUGAAGGAGGUGUGGUGUGGCAUCAAGAAUGCUUAUAAAAUGGUUACCUCAACUUAUCACCGCAUGUUCGGUGAGGAAAAGAGAAGGUCGGAGGUGGAGGCAAAGCCAGGCCAUGAGAGCGUACAGGAAGACGAUACGCACAAAUCGUCAUAA